AUGAAAGUUCGAUCGGAUAAAGAGUUUCCGCACAAGGUAGUUCUUCUCGGUGACUCACGAGUAGGUAAAACAUCCCUUCUUUCAAGUCAAAUGCAUAAAGAAAAGCAUUUAUCUCAAAAUCCGACCAUUGGUUGUCAAUGUAAUGAUGUUGAAAUGUUUGUUGAUAAUCAAAAAGUAUCAAUUCAGGUAUGGGAUACAGCUGGACAAGAAAUAUAUAGAGCACUCGUUCCAAUAUAUCUUCGAGAUGCCCAUGCUGCAAUAAUCGUUUACGACAUUACAGAUAUGAAGUCUUUCAAAGCACUUCCAGAGUGGAUGAAUACACUUUUUGGUAUUUUCCCACAAAAUUCUCCUUUAUUUUUUGUGGCAAAUAAAAUAGACUUAGAAGAAACGCGACAAGUUGAAGAUGCAGACGGAGAAGAAUUUGCACGAAAGAAUGGUGGUCAGUUCCAUCGUACUAGUGCUCUCUCAGGAGAAGGAAUUGAAGAAUUAUUUAAGGCUGUCGCCAAAGCACUUCUUCAAAGUCAAGUAACAAUGAAUGAGCAAGUUCUCAUUCCAGCAGAUAAAAAGAAAGAUGGUUGUUGUUAA